CUCUUAGCACCUCUUAUAAAGCCAACCAACACAGCAUUCACACACAGAAAGUUAAGCUACAGUUCAGCAUGAAGAUCUUACAAGUGCUGUUAUACGCCGGUUUUGUGAAUUUUGCACUGGCUGGAAUAGACGGAGCAAAAUGGACAUACUCGGAUGGAGAUCUGGAUCAGAAGCACUGGGCAGAAAAGUUUCCUGAGUGCGGUAAGACUAAACAGUCUCCCAUUGACAUCCAGCGCCGGAAAGUUCAGUAUAAUCCAGGAAUGCCUCCGCUCGAGUUGUCUGGUUACGAUGCGAUGAAAGGACCAUUUAAGAUGACAAACAAUGGACAUUCAGUGGAAAUUCAGCUGCCACCCUCAAUGACGAUCACGAAAGGAUUGCCAGACCAAUACACUGCUGUCCAAAUGCAUCUGCACUGGGGAGGCUGGGACAUGGAAGAGAGCGGAUCAGAGCACACAGUGGAUGGCAUACGCUAUAUGGCAGAACUCCAUGUGGUCCACUACAACUCUGGUAAAUACAAGAGCUUUGCAGAAGCCAAAGAUAAACCCGACGGUCUAGCAGUUUUAGCAUUUUUUUACGAGGAUGGGCAUUUUGAGAACACAUACUACAGUGAUUUUAUUGCAAACCUGGCAAAAGUCAAGUAUGCAGGCCAGUCCAUGGAGAUCUCUAAUAUAAACAUUCGCGCUAUGCUCCCAGAAAACCUCAACCACUUUUUCAGAUAUGAAGGCUCUCUGACCACACCUCCAUGCUACGAGAGCAUUCUGUGGACAGUGUUUGAUACUCCCGUCACCCUCUCCCACAAUCAGAUCAGGAAAUUGGAGAGCACGUUAAUGGACAGUUAUAAUAAAACCCUGUUGAACGACUACCGCAUUGCUCAGCCUCUGAAUGACCGAGUGGUGGAGUCCUCGUUCCUCCCACGCCUGGGCAAAGGAGGAAUUUGUCGUCAGGAGGAGAUUGAAUCCAAGCUUAAAAAGAUUGAGAGCAUUAUUAUGUCACUGGACAAAAAGAUUAUGACAGGACCAACACCUACAGGUCCACAAACCCUAUCACCGCUGGUCCUGUACUUCCCUGAAAAUAAUGCGGAGAGGUAUGCCUCUGUAAACUUGACCCAACCCAUGUCUCUCAAGUCCUUCUCAGCCUGCAUGAACAUCCGUACACCACUCCUAAAUGGAAUGACCGUGCUGUCCACCUCAAGCAUUGAAAAUGAACUUGUGAUCACCUUUGGCAAUACAGUGAGUAUUUGGAUCGGCAGAGAGAGUGUAAAUUUUCCCUUUAACCAGAAAGUCAGCGACUGGACAAACUAUUGCUUCACGUGGGCAUCAGAUACUGGAAAGACGGAACUGUGGGUAAACGGACAAGAAGGCCAAGAGAAGUACAUUAAGAGAGGCUAUACUAUUUCACUUGGAGAAUCCCUCAUUUUGGGAACGGACCAGGAUGGCUUUAUGGGGAUCUGGACAAAGAAUGCAUUCGUAGGUUACAUGACGGAUGUAAAUGUGUGGAAUUACGUGCUCAAUAAGGAUGAGAUAACAGAGCAGAUGCUUUGUAGUAAUGGGAAAGUUAAAGGGAAUGUAAUGAGCUGGGGUAUUACACAGCUCAGUCUGUAUGGUGGAGUUCAGCUUCAUGCUGAGCAGGUUUGCCCCUGAGAGAGAGAAAGCGCCACUGCCCACCAAUGGGCUCUGAAUCAUUUCAUACGAAUGUCAAUAUCAGCAAUAUUAGCUUUGCUUACUUAAGCUGUAUUUUGUCUCAGGGCAAUAAAAUUCAAAGCGAAGCUAAAAAAUUAUCUUUUAUUUACUUUGCAUCUAUAUGUAAGCAUUUCAUUGUACUUUUACUCAAAUUAAUAAUGUGAACCAUAUCUAAUAAACAAUAUUUGCAUUGUU